CAGGGAGGCGAGUGAGCGGCGGCGGCGGCGGCGGCAGAAGCGCAAAGGGAGCCGAGGCGGACGGGCGCGCAGCAGAAGGGAAGGGCUGACCGACCCCGCUCCGCCCGCGGCCCCGCUGAGCCUCCGGGCCGGCCACUGCGGGGGUGUCCCCCGCUCGGCUGCCCUCGCCGACCUUCGCCCUCCAGCAACUCCCUUCCCGCGUCCACUGAACACAUGAGGUUUUUCAGGUUGACCUUCAAGUGCUUCGUGGAUUGUUUCUGAGUCCCCCCGGACUCGCCCCCGCGCUCCCCGCGCCGAGCCCCGACCCAGCGAGACCCCCUCUCUGCCGGCGCCGCCGCCCGCCGCCCGCCCCUCCGGAGGGGCACCGGCUCCGCCGAGACCCCCACGCGCCCGCCGCCCGCCCGCCCGCCUUCCUCGGAGCAUCGCCCGACUCGCCUGGAGGGGGGCGGCAGGGACUCGGGGGUCCCCCCCGGCGCCAUGGCCAAGGGGGCUUCGUCGGACAGCAGCGGCUGCGGCGGCAUCUACAGCGUCUCGGUGGAGCAGCAGGACAAAAAGGCCGCCAUGUGCCCGGGAGUCCCCGCUGCGGGCAAAGGGGAGGCCGCGGACCCUCCUGGGCCGAGCGUGGCCCUGCCGCCCCCCGAGAGGGAGACGUGGACCCGGCAGAUGGAUUUUAUCAUGUCCUGCGUGGGCUUCGCCGUGGGGCUGGGCAACGUGUGGCGCUUCCCUUACCUGUGCUACAAGAACGGGGGAGGUGUUUUCCUCAUCCCUUACCUUCUUAUUGCCCUCAUUGGCGGGAUUCCCAUCUUCUUCCUGGAAAUUUCCUUGGGGCAGUUCAUGAAGGCCGGGAGCAUCAACGUAUGGAACAUCGCACCACUGUUCAAAGGACUGGGCUUUGCCUCUAUGGUGAUCGUCUUCUAUUGCAACACCUACUACAUCAUGGUGCUUGCCUGGGGUUUCUAUUACCUGGUGAAAUCUUUUGCGGCCACCUUGCCCUGGGCGACCUGCGGGAACCCCUGGAACUCUGAUGAAUGUGUGGAGAUCUUCCGGCAUGAGGACUGCGCCAAUGGCACUGCCACAGGCAACCUUACCUGUGACGAGCUCUCCGACAAGAGGUCGCCUGUCAUCGAGUUUUGGGAGAACAAGGUGCUGCGUCUGUCAGGAGGCCUGGAACUCCCUGGUGAGAUCAACUGGGAGGUGACCCUCUGUCUGCUAGCCUGCUGGGUCCUUGUCUACUUCUGUGUCUGGAAGGGUGUCAAGUCCACAGGAAAGAUUGUCUACUUCACUGCUACAUUCCCUUACGUGGUGCUCAUUAUACUGCUAAUCCGAGGGGUGAUGCUGCCUGGAGCUCAGGAUGGGAUAAUCUACUAUCUCAAACCCGACUGGUCCAAACUGGCCUCCCCUCAGGUGUGGAUCGAUGCUGGGACCCAAAUCUUUUUCUCGUAUGCCAUAGGACUGGGGGCACUCACUGCCCUGGGCAGCUAUAACCGGUUCAACAACAAUUGCUAUAAAGAUGCCAUCAUCCUGGCUCUGAUCAAUAGUGGGACCAGCUUCUUCUCUGGCUUUGUGGUCUUCUCCAUUCUGGGCUUCAUGGCAGCAGAACAAGGAGUUGAUAUCUCCAAGGUAGCUGAAUCUGGGCCUGGCCUGGCAUUUAUCGCCUACCCACGAGCUGUCACUCUGAUGCCUGUCGCUCCACUCUGGGCUGCCCUCUUUUUCUUCAUGCUGCUGCUCCUGGGCUUGGAUAGCCAGUUCGUGGGCGUUGAAGGCUUUAUCACUGGUAUCCUGGAUUUCUUCCCAGCCGCCUACACCUUCCGAUUCCAGCGAGAGGUCAUUGUGGCUGUCUCCUGUGCUGUCUGCUUCUUCCUUGAGCUGUCCAUGGUGACCGAGGGGGGUAUGUAUGUCUUCCAGCUAUUUGAUUACUACUCGGCAAGUGGCACGACCCUUCUGUGGCAGGCCUUCUGGGAGUGCAUAGCAGUCGGCUGGGUUUACGGUGCCGAUCGUUUCAUGGAUGACAUUGCCUGCAUGAUUGGCUACCGGCCCUCCCUGUGGAUGAAGUGGUGCUGGAUGUUCCUGACUCCUCUCAUCUGCCUGGGCGUCUUUCUCUUCAAUGUUGCCUACUACAAGCCAUUGAUCUACAACAACAGCUACAUCUACCCCUGGUGGGGAGAAGCCAUCGGCUGGGGCUUCGCACUAUCCUCCAUGCUGUGUGUCCCCCUUACUGCUCUCUACAAGCUCAUCCGUGCCAAGGGGACACUGGCUGAGCGCUGGCACCACCUCACCCAGCCGAUCUGGGGGUUGCACCAUCUGGAAUACAAGGUGCCUGAAUCAGAAUUUGGCGUUCUGACCACCUUGACUCCUGCCUCCGAUGGGGGCAGCAAGGCAGUCAUCCUGGAGAGCGUCAUGUGACCAAUGCUCGCCCACUCUUCUCCCACAACAAGAGGCGCCCUUUCUUUGUGCCACUCAACCCCUGGCUGCCAUUGGGGGGAGGGGGAGGGGGGAUACAGUUCACCUGCCAUGUGUGGAAUGGGGGGCGGUGCUCCCUGCUUGU